AUGAACAUGUCUUAUUGUCAACCAACAUUAAAUUCCAUUCAUCAAUGUUGGCCACCUACAUUGGCUGGACAAUUGGCAAAAUUACCAUGUCCAUCAAAUGUUACUGACUUUCAAUACAAUGAAAAUGAUGAUUCUUUUCGUGAAUGUUUAUCAAAUGGAAGUUGGGCGGAAUUCGCUGAUUAUUCAGCGUGUACACUGAUUUAUCCAUUAACUAAUGAAUUUGUCAUUUUUCUAUGCUUUCUCAUUGGUUAUAUUAUAUCAACGAUCAGUGUGAUUAGUGGAAUUUUCAUACUACAAUAUUUUAAAUCACUGGCAUGUGUACGCAAUAAUAUUCAUACGCAUUUAAUGAUUGCCAUAUUGUUACGUGCAUCGUCAUGGAUUUGUUUAGCUUUAAUCAAUACAACUACGCUGGUAAGUUUGAAAAAAAAACAAAUAAGCAAAUUCAUUUGGAUUGUUGUAUGUUUAGAAAAAUAG